AUGGCCACUGGGGACGAAGGAACCUGGUAUCUUGUGCUCCUGGUGAACAGCCACGACCUCCGCUUUGCACAGCAAGAUGCAGAGCUGGUGGCUCAAGCUGCCGUGCGCUGCGGCCUGUGCCGGGAAGAGCGGGUGGUGAGGCUUUUUGACAAGACCGGUGCCGAGAUCGAGAAAGCCUUGAAAGACUUGGUCACACAGCUGGCAGAAUUUGAUCAAGUGCUACUGUGGUAUUCAGGGCAUGGCUACGGCAAGUCUGAAGAGGGGAAUGAGGCAAGAGGCUGGACUUUGAUAGUGCCAAAGGGUGAUGAGGUGAGCUCAGCAGGUGACUUUGUUUACAUUGUUUGGUCUCGUUGA